AUUCCAGAACAUGACAUACGUUGUACAGUGCUCACAUUCGUAAAGAAUCGCUCAGUUUGCGGUUGACAUUUGUUUCUUCUGAGGUUUAUUUUUGAAAAAUCGAAAUACCAUGAGAAUUUUGUUGUUGUCGGCUCUUCUUUCCAGUGCGCUUGCCUUUCAGGCUCCAGCCCACCCCCAAUUUCGACCGACCGCAUUGAAUGCCCAAAAUGGUCCAAGUUUGCUGGAUUCGAUCACUUCCCCGUUCAGCAAGACCACCAAGGAUGAAGCUGCUGUCACGUCGACACCAACGUUAACACAAAAGGAACAAUUGCCGGAAAUGUCAUUGGAGUUUUUGGACGAUCAGGAGGAAUCACCAUCGUCCUCUUUUUCCUAUGCCACAUUUGCACAAGAAAAUCCAUUUGCCAACAACAUUAUGAUUGCCACAUUCAAAACUGCCGCAGCGGAUCUCUUGGCACAAACCGUCAUUGCCCAAACGCCGUUGGAUGCCAUUGACUGGCAACGCAGUUUUCUCUUUUGUGCCUUUGGAGCCACCUAUUUGGGAGGAUUCCAGUAUUUGUAUCAAGUCAAUAUUUUCAAAAAGCUAUUUGAUGUGGACAAGUUCACGUCGCAGAGUUGGGGUGACAAGUUGCAAGAUAAGGAAGGCCUAAAAGCAUUGGCGGCACAAACCGCGCUCGAUCUUGGCGUUCUGACCGCAAUCUACCUACCCACGUUUUACAUUUUCAAGGCCAGUGUCUUUACCGGGUCCCUGGAUCCAUCCGUGUGGGUGCAUACCGGAAUUGACAAUUAUCAAACCAAUUUUGCCAAGGAUGAAUUUGACCUGAUUCGGGUGUGGUUGCCAGCCGAUCUGGUCUGCUUUUCGGUGCCACUGUACUUGCGAUUACCCGUGCGACACGUAGUGAGCUUUGUUUGGACGGCCUACUUGUCAUUUUCCCGGGGUGGACAUUGAAUACGCUGCCAAACCUCAUGAGCCCAA